UUUAAUUUUUAUCUGGUUAUAGAAUUUGUGUACGAGCGAGGGUAUAUUCUGGGUUUCGAUAAUCGAUGCUCUUUGGUCACAAACAAAAUUCUCCAUCUAUAACUCUUCUCAUCUUUAACUUUCAACUUCAUAUUCUUUGGAACACCUUUGGUUUUUUCUCAACAGAAUAACAGGCGAGUUACACGCAUUCUUUUAAUCAAAUUGAUUUCUAUUUGACUUGUGAACGUGCCGGGAAUUGUCAAUAGUUUGCCGUAAAUUAUAUUAUGAGAAAGACAUGUUGACGAUGGUGUUGAUGGUAGAUUAGAAGACUACUAAUUCAACUUGUAGCUGGAUAUCUCUGGUUGAUGUUUUGAUCAUUAUAUCACAUUAUGGAUUAGUGAGUACUGAGUGAAUCAAUGGCCAGCGUUAUUUAUUUUCCUUAGGUGGUCAAGCGUGUUCUGGAGAGUGAAUUGGCUUUAGAGAAUCUUGUUCUUGAAAUUACCAAUAUAAGCUUAAUAUAAUAAUAUAACUGCUGAGCCAUUGGAGCCAGCUUACAUCUUUGAGAUUGUACAUUUUGUAAUAAUGGAAGUAGCUAAUUGUCCACAUGCACAGAAACAGAAUUUACAGACAUCAGGCCGCAAAGUUAAUUCUGGAUCGCAAAAAGAUCUGUGGCUUGUUGUGCGAGAUGGAUCUCUGAAUGAUGUAGAGUCAGCAUUAGCAUCACUAAAAAAGAGUGGUGGCAAUAUCAAUUUGAGGAACACCUUCGGGCUGACUCCUCUUCAUGUUGCAGCUUGGAGAAACCAUAUUCCCAUUGUAAAGAGGCUUCUCGCGGCUGGUGCAGAUCCUGAUGCUCGAGAUGGAGAAUCAGGAUGGAGUAGCCUUCACAGGGCUCUGCAUUUUGGUCAUCUUGCUGUUGCUAGCAUCCUUCUUCAGCAUGGUGCUUCAAUCACAUUGGAGGACUCUAAAUCUCGUAUACCUGUAGAUCUCUUAUCUGGCAACGUGUUUCAGGUUUUUGGAAAUGAGCACGGUUCAGUUGCUACUGAGGUAUUUAGUUGGGGCAGUGGUGCAAAUUAUCAGCUUGGAACUGGAAAUGCGCAUAUUCAGAAGCUACCAUGUAAAGUUGAUUCACUUAAUGGUUCGAUCAUUAAGCUGCUUUCUGCAGCAAAGUUCCAUAGUGUGGCACUUACUGAUCGUGGAGAAGUGUAUACUUGGGGAUUUGGAAGAGGGGGCCGUCUGGGGCAUCCUGAUUUUGACAUACACAGUGGUCAAGCUGCCGUCAUCACUCCCCGCCAGGUGACUUCUGGUCUAGGUUCUCGCAGAGUGAUGGCAAUUGCUGCAGCUAAGCAUCAUACUGUUAUUGCUACUCAGGGCGGCGAAGUGUUCACUUGGGGAUCCAAUCGAGAGGGACAGCUUGGGUACACUUCUGUUGAUACACAACCCACAGCUCGAAGAGUAUCUUCGUUGAAGUCAAAAAUUGUUGCUGUUGCUGCAGCAAACAAGCACACAGCUGUAGUUUCUGAUUUAGGUGAAGUUUUUACUUGGGGUGGCAAUAGAGAGGGUCAGCUUGGUUACGGAACCUCAAACUCGGCCUCUAACUACACCCCGCAUGUGGUUGAAUCCUUGAAGGGCAAGAUCUUAAUUGGAGUUUCUGCUGCAAAAUACCACACAAUUGUCUUAGGAUCUGACGGAGAGGUAUUUACCUGGGGUCACCGACUUGUUACUCCAAAACGUGUUGUGAUUACUAGGAACUUGAAGAAAAGUGGAAGCACUCCUUUAAAGUUUCAUCGCAAGGAACGACUUCACGUAGUUUCUAUAGCUGCUGGAAUGGUACACAGCAUGGCUCUUACAGAAGACGGUGCAUUAUUUUAUUGGGUCUCCUCAGAUCCUGAUCUUAGAUGCCAGCAGUUAUAUACUAUGUGUGGAAGAAAUAUGGUAAGCAUAUCUGCUGGAAAGUACUGGACUGCAGCAGCUACAGCUACAGGUGAUGUUUACAUGUGGGACGGGAAGAAAGGUAAGGAUAAGCCGCUUGUUGCAACUCGGAUGCCUGGUGUAAAGAAGGCUACUUCAGUUUCAGUUGGUGAAACACAUUUAUUAAUUGUGGCUUCCCUUUAUCAUCCUGUCUACCCUAUCGACAUGAUUGAUGGUUCUCAGAAGCUCAAGUCGAGUAACAUAAAUAGCAUGGAGGAGUUCAAUGAAGACAUUUUAUUUGAGGAUUCUGAUUCCAGUAAUACAACAUAUACAGUUCAAAAUGAUAAUCUUAGACAGAGGUCUACACCCAGCUUGAAAAGUCUUUGUGAAAAAGCAGCAGCAGAGUGUAUGCUGGAGCCACGGAAUGCCAUACAAUUGCUUGAGAUUGCUGAUUCUCUUGGAGCAGAUGAUUUGAAGAAAUAUUGUGAGGAUAUUGUCAUGCGCAACCUUGAUUACAUAUUUUCAGUUUCAACACAUGCUGUAGCAAGUGCCUCGCUAGAUAUUUUGGCGAGCCUAGAAGGGUUAUUAGACCAGAGAUCAUCGGAGGCAUGGAGUUACCGUCGACUUCCUACUCCAACUGCUACACUCCCCGUCAUCAUUGACAGUGAAGAGGAUGAUAAUGAGAUAGAGUGUCAAAGGGCCUAUAACAAACCCAUGAAAAUAUCUGCACUGAAAUUGGAGAAAGCUCAAAGGUCAGAUUCCUUUCUACAACCCAAGGAUGACCCCGAUAGUGAAAUCUCCAAAGUAGUUCGAGCUAUAAGGAAGAAGUUGCAGCAGAUUGAGAUGCUCGAAACUAAGCAGUCUAAAGGACAUAUUCUCGAUGACCAGCAGAUGACAAAACUUCAAUCUAAGUCAGUACUUGAGAGCUCACUUGCAGAGCUAGGUGUUCCUGUCGAGACCUCACAGAAUAAAGAGUCAUCUUCUAUACAACCAGAAGGGAAAGGUAGUAAGAAAGGUAAAUCAUCGAAAAAACAAAGGAAAAAAACUGGCAACAAAUCAAGCAUAGAGCAGACAGAUAUAGAAUCUGUUUAUUCUAAAAAUGAAAUGAUCCCUGAAUCUGAAGGCCUGUUGGACAUGCCAUCUUCUAAUUCAAAGGUGGAAGAAGAUAUCUGCAAACAUUCCACAGCAGACCAAGGUGAAAAAGAUUUAGGUUUUGUUGUGCAAAAGAAAGAUGCUUCAGAGUUGCUGAAGGGUAAGGGCCCGUCACCAAAGGUUUCCAAAAAGAAGAACAAGAAGGGUGGGCUUUCAAUGUUUCUGAGUGGUGCUCUUGAUGAAGUCCCAGAAGAGGUGGCUCCCCCUCCACCGACACCAAAAAAUGAUGGUCCUGCCUGGGGCGGGGCCAAGUUUGGGAAGGGUUCUACUUCUCUUCGUGAAAUCCAGGAUGAGCAGAGCAAAAUAAUGGGUAACAAGCCACCUGGGGUUAAAGACAAGGUGGAAGAUCUUUCUGAUUUUGGCAGUUGUGGGAAAAUAAAGUUGAGUUCAUUUCUUCAUUCUAGCCCAAUACCUGUUGCCGCAACUCGAAGUCCCCAGGCAUCUGAUGGAGAUAAAAAUACCCCUCCUUGGGCUGCUUCAGGAACCCCUCCUCAACCAUUUAAGCUGUCUUUAAGAGACAUCCAAAUGCAACAGGUAAAGAAACAAGCACAGGCCCUCUCCAGUAGUCCAAAGACUAAAACUGCCGGAUUCACUAUAGCAACUGGUCAAGGCUCGCCAUCUGAAGCAACUGGGAUGAACCGUUGGUUCAAGCCCGAAGUUGAUACUCCAUCUUCCAUUCGUUCAAUUCAAAUCGAGGAAAAAGCUAUGAAAGAUCUUAGGCGCUUCUACACCAGUGUCAAGAUUGUCAAAAAGCAAUGUUAAGUCUCUCUCCUGUGAUUACUGUCUUACCCUGGACUCUACCCUUUUCUUGCUCCAAGCACAUGACUGUAAACUAGUCUGUAAAGAGAUAGUUUUAGUGUACAUUCUUCUCUCUAUUAUAUCACAAGUGUCUUAGUUUCUAGCUUCUUAUCAUUUCUCUCCCUUCUCAGUCUUCUCCCAGCUAGAAUUGUAUCAUAUAAUAAAUAUUUUUACAUUUAUCAUUUUCAAUGGUGUCUCAAGUUGGAGACUGGUCAAUAAUCGGAGCGAGCUAAGUUGCAGUCAAGGGUAGACAUGAUUACAGAUUUUCCUUACUAGGCUCAAGAAUGUAAGAAUAAGAGGAUAUACUCAUUUCCAUAAAUAAGGGCUUUGGAUUUUCCCAUACACAGGGUUAUUUUGAUUUAUGUCCUAAGUAAAACAGCGACCCUUUUGUAGUCCCCUAAAGUUGUUCCAUUUAUUUGAGGAAUAUUAAGACUUUGGUGUGA